GCCAGGUUACUCCGCGUCUCUCAUUUUGCCCGCUCACCUUGAUCAUCCACAUCUGAUUCUCUGUCUCCAACCACCACGACCAAGAUGACACGCCAGCGCUCGAUGUCCGGCACCAUUCCUUCCAUGGAGACCUCUCACGAGGAGCUCAAGGAUAACACCAUCAUCGUCGUGCUUGGCGCUUCUGGUGAUCCUUGCAAAGAAGAAGCCUUGUUCGGGCUAUUCUCUCAAAACUAUCUCCCUCGCGAUGUAAAAAUCAUUGGCUAUGCCAGAUCUAAAAUGGACUUGCCCGAGUUCCAUAAACGCGCUACGUCUUACAUCAAAAACUCUGACGACAGCCCCGAGAUUGCUGCCAAAAUCCAAGAGUUCAAAGACAUCUCAACUUACCUCGCUGGCAGUUACGAGGACGGUGGCGCUUUUGACGAGCUGAAUAAGCGCCUCGAGGAAAUCGAAGCCGGCUACCAGUCCAAGGAGUGCAACAGAAUCUUCUACCUUGCUCUCCCGCCGAGUGUGUUCAUCCCCGUCGCCAAGAAUCUCAAAGAACACUGCUAUGUCACCAAAGGUGGUGUUAACAGGAUCGUCGUGGAGAAGCCAUUCGGGAAAGAUCUCGAAUCUGCUCGAGAACUUCUAGGUUCGCUCAAGCAAUACUGGACAGAGGACGAGACCUUCCGGAUUGACCAUUAUUUGGGCAAGGAAAUGGUCAAGAACAUCCUCGUGUUACGGUUCGCCAACGUUGCCAUGAAUGCUGCAUGGGACAAGAAUUCCAUCAGCAACGUCCAGAUAACAUUCAAAGAGCCAUUUGGGACCGAAGGCAGGGGUGGAUACUUUGAUGAGUUUGGAAUGAUCCGGGACGUCUUGCAGAAUCAUUUGCUGCAGGUCCUCAGUAUUAUUGCAAUGGAGAGACCAGUGUCCUUUGCUGCCGAAGACAUUAGAGACGAAAAGGUUAAGGUCCUUCGUGCUAUACCACCUAUCGAACGUGACGACACACUAUUGGGUCAGUACGUUGCGGCUAAUGGCAAGCCGGGGUACCUUGAUGACGACACCGUCCCUAAUAACUCGGUUUGCCCAACUUUUGCCGCCACUACUCUGUGGGUCCACAACCCCCGGUGGGAAGGUGUGCCAUUCAUCCUUAAGGCCGGCAAAGCCUUGAACGAAGCCAAAGUCGAAGUCCGGAUUCAGUUCAAGGAUGUCACCCAGGGUAUCUUCAAGGACAUUGCCCGCAACGAGCUAGUUAUACGGAUCCAACCAUCCGAGGCGAUUUAUCUGAAGUUGAACGCAAAGACUCCUGGCCUUUACACCCGUGCGAUGCCGACCGAAAUGGAUCUCACGUACAAGAGACGAUUCACCGAUACGAAGAUUCCAGAGGCAUACGAAGCGUUAAUACUGGAUGCACUGAAAGGUGACCACAGUAACUUUGUGAGGCACGAUGAGUUGGACGUUGCAUGGAAGAUUUUCACUCCGAUCCUCCAUUGGAUUGACGGCAAAGAUGGGCCCAGGCCUAAACCCGUGAACUAUCCAUAUGGAUCUCGCGGACCGAAAGAACUGACGGCGUUCGUGACGAAAUACGGUUUCAAACGUAACACGGAAGGAUAUGUGUGGCCCGUCUCCAGCCUUGCGUGUUUGUAAACUCUAAUGUGGCAUUCAGGCCAAGCUGACGUAUACGUAGCAAUUUAACUGUACAGUAUCGAUAGAAUGCGUUUCAUACUUGUAUUACUUUGAACUAGGAUUGAUGUUUAAAC